UGCAUGGCCCGGCAUUUUCUGGGACACAUGACUGGUUCCAGAAGACGCCGGGCCAUUCACAAAGCACAGCACUUCUCGUGCAUGUGCAGUCCGCAGUCUCUUGGUCAUCCCCUGCACUGUCUGCAGUCUCUGGUCAUCCCCUGUACUGUCUGCAGUCUCUAGUCAUCCCUGUACUGUCUGCAGUCUCUGGUCAACCCCUGUACUGUGUCCGCAGUCUCUGGUCAUCUCCUGUACUGUGUCCGCAGUCUCUGGUCAUCUUCUGUACUGUGUCCGCAGUCUCUGGUCAUCUGUUCUA